AUGGCUUUAAAAUGUGCUGUGGAGCUCCGAAUUCCAGACAUCAUACACUCCCACGGUUGCCCAAUGACUUUGACCCAAAUCGCCAAUGAAAUUGGUCCUACUUCUCCCUCACUAGACAUCAAUUGUCUGGCUCGCGACGCCGAGCAAAGCUUGGCGCCUCUAGUGUUCAUGCGGAACAAUCCAUUGAUCAUGUCACCUUUCCAGUGCCUGAGUCAAUGUGUGAAAGAGGGCGGUUCUGCAUUCCAGAAAGCCCAUGGGCGAGAGCUUUUCGAGCUGGCGUCUGUAAAUGCCGAGUUCAAUCGGCUCUUCAACCAAGCCAUGGCAUGUACAGCCAGAAUCACAACUAAGGCAUUGAUAUCAGAGUAUGAAGAAGGGUUUCGUUGUAUUGGGUCGCUUGUGGACGUUGGUGGUGGGACUGGAGCUGCAGUGGCUGAGAUUGUUAAGGCACACCCACAUAUAAAAGGAACCAACUUUGAUUUGCAGCAUGUAGUUAAGACUGCACCAGUGUACAACGGAGUUACCCAUGUAGGGGGUGAUAUGUUCAAGGCCAUUCCUCAUGCUGAUGGCAUCUUGAUGAAGUCGAUCAUGCACAACUGGGCUGAUGAAAAUUGUAUCAAGAUACUGAAAAAUUGUCGAAAAGCAAUAUCAAAAAAACCUGGGAAGGUUAUUAUUGUCGAAGUGGUUUUACAGCCUGGUGGUGGUGAUCCAUUUGACAACAUAGGCUUGAUGUUUGAUCUUGUGAUGCUUACACACUUUCCAGGAGGAAAGGAGAGGACUGAGGUUGAAUGGAAGAAGAUACUUGAGGAAGGAGGCUUUCCACGUUACAAGAUCAUCAAAAUUCCAGCACUUCAGUCUAUCAUUGAGGCCUAUCCAGAAUGA